UGAAAUUAGAGAUGCUAACUUCGCGUGGGAAGUUGGACGUGUCCAGGUCUUGGACUCAGGUCAGGUAUAAGGUCGCCAUGGUUGGGUCGAGUUGGUGUUGGGGCUCGGGGAGGGAGUUCGCGAAGUUGACACGAGGCAGCAGCCGAGUUUGGCGGUACGCUCGCUGAAGAAGGAUAGAACCGCUGCUACUACGUGCAGGUGCUGCCACGGUACGCGUGGCUAUGACACCCAGUCACUGGGUUAGUAGUCUAAUAAGGAAGCGCAGCGAAAGGAGAAGAGACGAGAUUCUGCGCUCUGUGGCGUCGCCAGUUUGAAUGUCGGCUCUUCGAUUGAUCUAGCACGAUCGUCCCGAUCGUUGACAGGAUUCCAGUCUCCACCGCUGCUGCUGCUCCGCAGCAGAGUCUAGAUCUUUUUUUGAAUCCCUGCGGCCGCACUGUAUCCUUCCUUUGGGGAGAGCUGGUUCGAGCGAGGUUGGGAAAUCGCGAUGGCCGCAAUGUUGCUGGAAACUCCUUCUGACGCGGCGAUGCGCAGAUAUUAUGACAAGCUUGCAAGCGCAGGCAAAGGACCAGGGUUAAGAGUAGACCAAAUUGGAGGUGCUUUCGGGAAAGGUUUGUUUGCCGACAAAGUUUUUGAUCAGGAUGAGUUGGUACUUCGAGAGCCAAAGCUUGUUGGAGCACAACAUGAGCACAACAAGGCAGAUGCUCUCGUAUGCAGUUUCUGUUUCCAGUAUAUUGGUAGCAUGGAACUCCAGAUUGGACGACGGCUUCUUUCCAAAGGGGAUGAAUCUGCGCAUGACCUUAAGGAGACCGGGUCUCUCUCCGGUGGAGAAGAGGGGUCUGAUAUGGAUUUAACGGAAGAGAAAGAAGAAAGCGAGAAUGGCCAUGACGGUUGUGGCUGCGAUGAGAAGUCCCACAACAGGAAAGCAAUAUCAACAGAGUUAGUUGAUUCGCUUUUGACUGGUGACCUCCAUCUGCCUUAUUCCGAUAAAUUCCCGCUGUCCCCCAUCACCAGUUGUCCUGGAGGUUGCGCAGAAGACGUCUUUUGCAGCGAUAUGUGUGCAGAUGAAGCGUGGAGAACUUAUCAUUCACUCCUCUGUGCUGGUCCAAACUCACUUUGUGAGAAUAAGAAGGCUCUAGCCCAAUUUAAGGAACACGCCUGCGAUUCCAAUGACAUAUUCCUUGUUGCUGCCCAGGUGAUCGCAGGAACAAUAUUACAGGCCAGGAAUCUCAAGAACGAGAUUCUCAAAAACGCCACCGCCAAGGGGAAGGAGCCUCGUCAACAAACACACGACAUCUUACUGGAGGCCUGGGAGCCCUUCGCCAUGGGCUUUAAAAAAUUGUGGUGGGAAGCUGUGGCUUUGCCCGAUGAUGUUGAUCCUUCGCAAGAAGAUUCCUUCAGAGACCAGUUUAAAGAGCUUGCUAUCGAGUCAUUGAACUACCUCAAGGAAGCUAUUUAUGAAGAGGAGUACGAUCCCUUGUUUGAUCUUGAGGUCUAUGGCCAUAUCAUCGGAAUGUUCGAGCUCAAUAAUCUUGAGAUCGUAGUUCCGUCACCCGUCGAAGACUACUUCAUCUACAUCGAUGACCUGCCAAAGGAUGACCAAAGUGCACAUGCGGGCACUGUAACUAGACCGUUCUUGGAUGCUCUUGGCUCUGAAUAUGCUACUUACUGUACAGGAACUGGAUUCUUUGCUCUUCAGAGCUGCGUCAAUCACUCUUGUCGUCCGAAUGCAAAAGCAUUCAAAAGAGAGGAGGAUAGGGACGGAGCUGCAGUCUUGUUGGCGAUUAGACCCAUUCGGAAGGGAGAGGAGAUCACCAUAAGCUACAUCGACGAGAAUCACGACUUAGAAGAAAGGCAAGCACUGCUUGCCGACUAUGGAUUCGUCUGCUCAUGUUCGAGAUGCAUAGAGGACAGUUCAAUGAAGAUUUUCAGCAGCAGAGCUCUAGCGGGAAUGCUCCAACAAUAACGAACGGGUCAUUAAUUUUUAGAACAAUUACCCUAUCAGCGUAAUUUGUGGACUACAAAUAGGAAGGAGACGAGUAGAGCUUGGAAGGUAAGUAAUUGCACUAGUCUAAUAUUUCUGACCAAUCAGGAUAUUUGUAAGCGAUUUGUAUAUAAUAUUAGUUGAGGACCGACUUAUCUAUUUGACACAGGAUCUUCGUGGAAGAUAGAAUUUAUUCAGUGAUCACUCUAGAUACCUACACCAAUGAGGCCUUUUCUCAAAUUUGAGGAUGUCCGCCCGCUUUUGAGAUCUUCAUCCCACAUCGUCCUCACCCACCACUCAACUGCCAUAGAUUUUUGUUACUGAGUUGGUACUUCUAAAGAUUCUGUACGCUCUGUGCUUAUUAAUGAUAGUUUCUCUAUGUUGUGUUC